AUGACUCCAUCUGAGACAACUUUUGGAAGCUGUGAGCAGGUGAUUUUCAUGAAAUGCUCUUCCUCCUCCGUCUCUGACAGACUUUCGUGGUAUGGAAGUGAUGGUUCGCUAAACAAGUACUUUUCUGGUGAUUCUGGUUCUGGGUGCGAAUGUGCUUUGGGCGAGACAAACUCGUGCUCUGGGGGCUUCUUGUGCAACUGCGAUGCCGUUUCCGAAGGAGAAGACGAAGGUACCAUCACGAACAAAAGAGCACUUCCUAUGAAAGCGCUUCGUGCGACGGAAAUUGCUAGUUCUAAUCAACUGAGAAUCGCGCUUGGACCACUCACUUGCUGGGGCAAACCAACCUGGACAAACUGGAGCAGCUGGUCUACUUGUGAUGCUUCGUGCGAAGGUGGAAGACAGAUAAGAACUCGAUCUUGUGACGGUGAUUGUGGACCAGGAGAUAACAUCCAAGUUCAAGAAUGCAACACAAAUUCCUGUUCAUCCUGGCUUGAGUGGUCAAGCUGGUCAUCUUGCAUUGACGAGGACACGAAAGAACAAAAGGCUUGCGGAAUCAAAGAACGAUUCCGAGAGUGCGACGGCUCAGGCUGCCCGGGAGAUUAUUAUGAGCGCGAACAGUGCAACUGCGUUAUGGUUCUGGGCGGCAAUGGUCACAAGCUUAACGUCUCUUUGAUCGACUACGAGAACGACUUCGAACAGGAGAUCGAUUUGGGCACGCGUGUUCGAAUGCCAGUUUUGGGUCAAAAUGGUCAUUUCACGUUACAAGUAGAUAAAUAG